GCGGGGAGUAUAAAGCAGGGCGCUGGCGGAGGCUGGGAACAGUCUAGUUCCUGCCUGGAUCAUGGGGUUUACCGUCUGGCUGUGCGUGCUCUGCCUCCAGGCGAGCCUGCUGUCACACGCUUUCGGCUGCUCGGAGGGCGGCCGGGGAGAGCUGUGCGUCCGCGGACGGACCGCAGACGGACAGCGUGACGAUCAGAGGCAGCAGAGGGCGCUGCCCUUGACCGAAGGACUGGCUUUGUUCAGACGUAAGAGGCAGCUGGAGCGGAGGGGUCCCACCCACCCGAGUCAGUCCGGCCAGCCCGGGGCCGUCUCCGCCAAAGGCUUCCCAAACACUCUCAUCCAGGCUGACAGGUCCAGACGACACUUGAUUCAAGCUGCGAAUAAGAAAAAGAACAAGCGCAAACCGCGCCUCGGCUCCUUCUCCCUCCUUAGCAACGACAAGAUAUCCACCCCCAUACAGGUGGUCAGAGCGAGGAGACAAGCGAAGGACACUCCUCCGUCUAAGAGGGGAAAGGGCCGCUCCGGAGCGUACUCCGUCCUGGGAGAUCCUCUGAGCGAAGGGCAGAACGACGCGGCCAAAUGGAGCAUAUAGAAGACAAGAGCGGCGCCGUUCAAAUGUUCCUUCUAUGCGCAAUUGAAAAUGUAUCCAGAAUUUUACCCAAAAACAAAGAUUGGUGUGAAACUCUAACAUAAGAACUCCUGUUUAUUUUGUAUUUUAUUAAGUCAUUUUGAUGUGUGUUUCCACUGUAAGCUUACAUUUAUCAGCCGGCUACAGAUACCUUUUCUUUUUUAUACAUAUAUAUAUAUAUACAGUUUUAAUUUCUAAUAUAUUCCUGCAUGUUAUGACAUCGCGAGAGAUCCCUUAUUAAUACUCCACAUUUUACCGUUUUGUUCUAACCUAUUUAAUCACAGAUUCCUUAUGAAGAUUGGGGGUAUAUUUUUGCAGAAAUAUUUCCUGUGUGCAUCAGGUUUCAAUAAAAGUUUACUAGUCUUUA